GUCGCCGGACAGGAGCGCAUCAAAUACAUAACAUUUAUAACUUCAUCACUAUUUGGCCGGUACAUUACAGCAGCAGCUAAUAGAGAAAAUGGGUUCGUCAAUGAGCUCGUCGAAUGGUGUCAGUCACGCUUCCGGUUUCGGUCACACUUACGGUUUCGGCGGUUUAUUCGGUAAUAGUCACAGUCACAGUCACAGUCGGCCCCAACAGUUUUACUUCGAUCCUGACAUGGACUCGCCCCAUCGAAGACCUGAUUGCUGUUCGACCAAGUCGGAACUGCGCGACAAACUCGAGAGCCUCGUCGACGUCACCGAGAAGAUCAAGGAGGUCAGGUACUACACCCAUCCGCUCAACACGUGGCAAACGUCGUCCAGGUACGCGUUCAUCGUCCUGGAAACGGACAGCUGGUGGUGGUCGGUCGACAAGGACGACCGAGGCGUCACCAUCCAGCGGUCAAAAUGCGUCGAAAAUGUUCGUGACUAUUGCCGCAGGCAGUCCCGUUCCGCCGCCGGCGCAGGCAGCGGGAUCGAAAUCGCCAAAAAGCCUUCCGGCAACAUUAGCGUGAUUGAACUGCUCAAUCGUUUCUGGAUGAGGGACCGCGCCAAUUUGGAAAUCCAUUUCCAAACCAAUAAUAACGGCUACCAGCAUUUUGCCGAUAUCCUUUACGACUUUGUUUGAAAAUCCGCCAUCAUAUUAUUAUUGGUACCGACGAGUUGGUGUCGCAUCAAAUUUUAUCCGGCUGGCAAUCAAUUUGAUGCCAUUCGAACAUUUACGAAUUAGUCGAUUGUGCAUUAGAUUUAUAAUCACAUUUUGAAACUGAGUUUAAUUGUAUUACGUAGUUGACAUACAUAUUUUAACCAAUAAAAUCAUUGGCAUUCAGUCUUAUAUCCCCGAAUAAAU